CUUUUGUAUAAUUUUGCUUUUCACUUCUUAAUUCAAAAUCCUUUGGAUCUUCGAGUCUGCGACGAGGUAUUUUACCAUUGUUUCAUGGUUUUGUCGACCGAAAUUUAACCUUGUAUUAAUUUAACCCUUACAAAUACAUACCGAUUUGUACAGGCACAAGAUCCUUACGUUUAUGAUUUUUUGCACGAUAAUUCUUCUGUAAAGGUGCCUUUUCUCGCAAUCGUAUACUGGCCACCUUUCCUUUGUGUUAUAAUAAAUUUUGUUUUUGCAUUUUUAGCUUUUCAUUUCUUCUCGUUAUGGCUUCCUUUACGCCUUUGAACGCAGCUGGCGAAGAUCUCGACAAAGAGAAACGCACCUUGGAAGUUCGGAUUGAAGAAGCGCUUCAGAUAUAUCAGAACGCAUUGCUGGCACAAAAAGAAAAUGACUGGGAGCUUGCUUCCAAACAUUACGAAAACUUGCUUAACCUUCGACUACUCCGUAAACCAAAUGUCUCUCAUUUAUCACGAAAGCCUAGGAAUAAUGCUCUCUUGCUCCUUCAUUAUCUUGUGCGAAAAAACCAUGGUGAAUUUCUCUUCUCUAGUGCCCUGUCCAAAAAGUUUCCAUUCUCGUCCGAAGCGGACGUAAUUGAUUUAUGUCGGCAGGCCGUCAAUGAUUUUGCCAUUGCUCUUGCCUGUGAUCCCAAUGACAUAGAUCUAUGGACCAAGGUUGCUGAACUAGCCGAAAAGCUACAUCUUUCGAGAAUCUUGAGGUUUGCAUUAGAGUCUUCCUUAUACACUGGGUAUGAGUCUUUUGAUCCUGCAUCAUCUUUGAUGAAGCCGGAUGAGUUAAAUCCUGGAAAGCUGGCUUCCCUUCAAAAAUUAUGCUCAAUUUUAAAACGCUUUCAUGUUCAACGUAAUGAUAUACCAAAACUUGACUUUUUUACUUUGACCAUGUAUACAUUAUCCCCUCAUUUUCCUUUUAUACCGAACGUCCCUUCUUCUCGUCCUUCUCUUGAAAUAUUUGCCAAAGUAAAAGCAGUAUCCCUUCCCGAUGAUUCCUUGCAUGGAGUUUUGGAUUUAAUUCUUAAUCUAUUCCGGCUCCUUGAGAAGCGUUUACCUUCCUACAGUACACCCUCCACAACCGUAUUUCUUAUCAAUGCCCCUAAUUUAAUGUCAUUAGGCGAUGACCUAGAUUCCACUGAUUCAGAAUUGUGGCCGGAUACAUCUACUAAAUCCGAACCAGAAAUCUCUGUUAAUAAACAACCUGCUCAACCAGAUCCGAUAUAUGCCAAUGACAUUGUCCCUCCUCCUUUACCACCCGUAGCUUCCAAAAGUCCGAAACGACCAGCCGAUGACUCAGAAGUCAGGAGUAGUAAACGUUCACGUGGUCGUGAACUUCGUGUCUCGUCAGAAACAAACCUUUUUCUCUCCAUAUUUAAUAUACUUGAAGACUUAAACGUGUCGUUGACUACAGAAUUUUCAAAACAAAAGAACCCGUUAGUCUUUGAUGGUAUCUUUGAACCUUACAAGGAUUUAUUUGAUGAAUAUCGACAACUGCUUAUCAAUUUUCCUAGUCAGGAUAACGUCAGUGACACUAGCAUAAGCGAUAUGUCUGCAAAUGGAGCCUUUUCUCAGAUGAUGCUGUUUGACUUGGCAAUGCAGAGUUCUCAUAGACUGGAGCACAUGGAAACAUCAAAUGAUUUUCUUAUUAAUUUGAUUUUGAAUAUAAACAAUAAAAAAAUGGUCCCUUCCGAACUUGCGGCUUUUUUCGUUCGCACAAUGUUAGAGCCUAUAGACGAUGAAGCUGAGGUUCCCCUAUAUAUGCGUCAGUGUUGGGGUAAAAGCUUUAAAUGCAAGUUCACUGAUGUUGCUAUUAAAGUAGAAGAUAUUCUGUAUGCUGUCGCUAAGCAAAAUAUAGGAAGCGACCGCUCAACCCCAUGCGCUCAGUCACUUUUCGAGAUCUUUUUGGAUGAUUACUUCCAAGAAUUAAAAAUCAAUACAAAAAAUGAAAGUGUUCGAAAUGAAAAUUCGAAAGAAAUCCUUGAACGUAAGAAAAGGCGAUGCAUACGUUGGAAAUUACUGACUGGUGAAAUUAUGUACUUCCAUUCUACCUCCAUUUCUUCCAGUGCUUUCAUUCAAUUAAAAGUUAGGUUCGAAUGGGCUCGAAACUUACUAUUGAGGUUAUUAGGAUCUCCUAAUGAUUCAAUCGUUGAAACCUUUUUGAAGAUAAAAAGUAUACUCAUACAACACAAUAUAUCCUUUGAACUAUUGAACAGUCAUUGCAUGCCUGAUAUAAGUGUCGAUGUAAUUGAUUUUGAACUGUCAAAGUUACAAACGAUUGAGUUUUUUAACACAUUGUUUAUGAAUACCAAAUUACUGGACUAUAAUGCAGUAAUAGAAAACUUGGAACCGGUGUUAUUAUUUGAGAAAUCUGUUUCAAAUGAUAAUCAGUCCUAUCUCAUAUCACAAUUUUUGGUGAAGACUUCUACGGAGUUCCAGAUCCAUCUUUGGGGAUUACUCAGAGAAGCCUUUAACUCUGCUAAUCGACCCUUUGAAUCUCUGCUUUGCUCUUUUUAUCCUUUACGACUUGUCCUCAAAAGACUCGGUUCUGAGCCUUUCAGUAAGCAAAAUGCUGAUCGCCGAAAGGCUGAAUUACUUGGAAUGCUAAAGUUGAUAUCCAACCUUUUACAGGCUAUUUGGCAUCUCAUUCGGAAAAAUUCCGGGCUGUUGGAUGGUCUUUCCUUUGACACUACUUUUGAUAACAUGAAAGUUAUUAUUAUUUAUUUGAAGCUUUUUUCUGUAUACGCCGGUAUAGAUGAUGAUAUCGCUGAUGACAGGAUUCCAAAGCCUCUCAGUCCUGAUUUUGAUUCCUAUGGCCAAAAUGUUAAAGAUACUCUACUAAGUUCUUGGUGUAUAUUUUACAGGCUUUGCGCAAGAUUGUUACAGUUUGAAAAUGUAAAAGUUGAAUCAAAGAAAGUAUUGCCUAACAUAUUAACUUUAAUUCAUGCUCAAUUUUCAUUCCGGGGUUAUUGCGGCUUUGCAAAUGGCUCGUUUUUGGAGUUAUCACAGACAGAAUGUCAAAGAUUGGACGUCUGGGAGAAUGAAAAUGAAAUUCUUCAGUGUGUCUUUUGUCGUUUUGGUUUGAUGAUUGGGAGCGAAUAUUAUCUUCCUCAAGACCAUCAUUCUCCCAAAAAAGAAUUUUCUCGUGAAGAUGCUAUUGCUUUAGUGCCUUUUGUCUUAGGUUUUGCCGUUAAGCGUUCACAUGGAUGGAUAAUGCCUCGAUCUGAUCAAAAACAUGCUUUUGAAACAAUGUGUGAUGCUAUUGGGCCUCCGGAUGAAGAUGUUAUCGAUAUUUAUUUAAACAAAUCUUCCAUUAGUAACUAUCUAGAGACAGAUAUUACCGCAAAGCACGUAAAGUUUUGUCUCAGUGGACGUGAAUUAUUAAAAUUGCAGGAGGUAUCAUCAAAGCAUGUUAGUGAUGCACUUCGUAAUCUAUAUUAUUCUCAAGCUCAGGUACUGCUUGGAUAUUAUAGAGCUAGACUAAAAGGCACCAGAUGUAUAAGCGAAUUAAAUAAAGCCGUCGACUAUGCCCUUAUGGAUUUGUACAUAAACCCCCUCCGACAGGAUUCAUGGUAUACUUGUGCAGUACUUUAUUCUGCUUUGGCCGAUGAAGAGCUAUCAUGGAGCGCAGAUUUGAUUGUCAUGGAUGAAGAGCAAAUUACUGAUUAUCGACGAAAGGCAUUGCUUUGCUUUCUCAUGGCUGUCUCACUUAAAUCCGUUUCAGAUGAAUCUUACAGAUCACAAUUAUACUUCGAUUUUGGGACAUGCUUCUAUUCAACUGCCCGUCCGCCUCUGGAGAUGGGUGGUUUUUGCUCCUUUGAAAGUCGAGUUAUUAGUGGUAGCUCUGGAUUGUUUAGUGUUCCUUUAAAAUCGGUUGAUUUAAAGCAAGCUAUAGCAGUUGCCGCUGAUUUUUUUGAUAAGUCAUUCAGUUUAAAAAAGGAUUGGAAAGUAGCGAUUAUGUUAGCUAAAGCUGUACGUAAACUUGGCGACAUGACUACUGCUCUAGAAUACUUUGAAGAAGCUACCAAAAUUGCCCCUAAGAAAGGUGGAAGUGGUUCUCAACAAACAUUGCUUUUGGAACCUCAUUAUGUACUACUUUCCAAUCUCAGUAAAGCUAUCAUUGAGAAGCUUGUGCCUACUAAAAUUAUAUGUCAAUAUUUAACAAGAAUUCAAUUUCCUCCUAAGAAUAACUCCGAGUUUAUUACCACAUAUGAGAAUGAGGAGGACUUAGAUCCAGAUUUUGUAUUAAAUCAAAUACUUUUGGCAAUUCAAGAGCUUCGUUCGGUUGACAAACAAUCCUGGCAGCAUCGACCAACUUACAGAAUUGCAAAAAUAUUGGAUCACCUUGGUCAGUUUGAAGAGGCUAAAAAGGAAAUGGAAAAGCUGAUAUCUUUUAAGUCCUCAGGAAAAUCUUUAUUAAAUAUUUGGAGGACUUAUUAUGAGCGAGCGGGUCGACAUUUCUACUAUGGCACUGUCUACAGCAAGUUUUUUAUCUCAUUACUUUAUAAAACAAACGAUCAUGGAAAUUUACUUCAAUUUAUGAGAAGGUUCAGAAGGUCUUCUCCUUCAAUUUAUAAUCAUCGGAAUAUCUGGCUUGAAGUUAUAAAUAAAUAUAUUAAUGACUUGUGUGAAACCCACUCUAUUAAGGAAAUAAAAGAAGAACAAAGAGAAGGGAUUCCAAUGAGCGAAUUUAAUAUUGUAUACGAAAAAAUCUCGAAUUUAGGUGAACAACAAUUGUCAUUAAUGAUGCAAGUUUAUGAGCUGCGAAAAUUAAAUAAUGGUCUGUAUCCAACGACGAAGCUUGAUGAUUUCUUAAUAGAUUGCUUUAUGGACCUUUACGAAAAGACUAUGCCGGUUGUCUUAUCUUCAGAUCCUGGUAUUGCAAAAUCCUCGAACGAAAAAAAUGACAUACAAGUUCAAGAAGGGUCCACAAAAAACAAACAAGCAAAUAUCAGUCGUAAGGAACUCAUAUCAAAAAUUGUUCAUUUAUGCCGCCCUUCUAAAGAUUCAACUAAUCGUGAGCUUGCGUCCAAGCCAUCGCAAGCUUCUUUGUCGAAUUCUUCGUCCUUUGUAGAUGCUGGUUCUGAUAAUGAACAAGAAACAGAAGGAAAAUUGGAUCCAGAUGGUUGAAGCCUGUAGACUUCAGUUUAACUAUGUGUCGUAUCAUCAAUUUAUGAUCGUAAAACUGAAAACUAACAGGUUUUAGCUUUUAGAAUAUGAGGAAAAAUAGUUCAUAAUAGAUAGAAAAA